CCGGAUACUAGCUAACCUGGUGUGAAGUAGUGGCAACAAACCGGCAGAAGUUAGGAGGUGCACUGACGUUUAAUUCCAAGUGCACCAUGUUUAAUGCUAUGGGGACAUCACAAAAACCGUCCAGGCGUCAGAACAUGUCACCUCAAGGCUCCAGUUCCAGUGACUCGAAAACAAUUCACAUCGGUGAAGAAGUCAAAAUAGCAGUGAACCUCUCUUUGGAGAGGUUUCGCUACAGUGAUGAAAAAGAGAUGGAAUUCCCAUCCUCACUGUCCAGCACUGAGCGGGCCUUUAUUCAUCGACUGGCCCAGUCCCUGGGCUACAUUUCCAAAAGCAAAGGAAAAGGCUCCAAUCGUUUUCUGACAGUCAGGAAGAGAGAUGUUUCAGACAAACCUCGGCCCAGUACAUCUCUGGAUCUGUGCCCCAGCUCCUUAUAUUUCAUCCGCAGCCUGCUGCAGAGAUUUCCCACCAGCAAGAAGGAACGUGCAGACAUGCAUCCCAACAUCAAAAGUGGCAUGUCUCUGGCUACAGAAACUAAUAGCGGCUUUGACAGGAACAGAGCAAGUGGUCGCCUAAACAAUGGCAUUCCUAUGGUUCCUAGGAAGAGAGCACCAUCAGAACUGGACAUUUUCCGAAGUUCCCUGCCUGUACAUGAGCACCAGGAGGAGAUUGUCCGACUGAUCAGAGAAAACAGGGUGGUACUUGUUUUGGGAGAGACUGGCUCUGGAAAAACUACACAGAUUCCCCAGUUUUUGUUAGAUGAUUGUAGCAGAAAUGGAAAACCCUGCAGGAUUUUCUGUACUCAGCCCAGGCGCCUGGCUGCCAUCGCUGUGGCUGAGAGAGUCGCAGCAGAGAGAGGCGAGAGUGUUGGCCAGACAGUUGGUUAUCACAUCAGACUGGAAAGCAGGGUCUCGCCCAAGACGCUGCUAACCUUCUGCACAAGUGGAGUCCUCCUCAGAACACUGAUGGCUGGGGAUACCAGCCUCACAACUGUUACCCAUGUCAUUGUGGAUGAGGUUCACGAGCGUGAUGGUCUAACUGACUUCCUUCUUACUAAGAUGCGGGAUGUUGUCCAGAGGAUUCCCACACUGAAGUUGAUUCUCUCUAGUGCAGCUCUGGAUAUAGAUCUAUUCCUCCAGUACUUUGGCUCCUGCCCUGUGAUCCACCUUAAAGGGAAACUAUUUGAAGUGAAGGAGCUCUUUCUGGAGGAUAUCCUGCGGCAGACGGGUUUUAAUAGAAAGGACAUCUGGAAAUAUCAGGAAGAGACUCAGAGAAGAGAGGGGAAGCAGAAACGAUUGACAGAGUGGUGUGAGACGGUGGAGAGCGGUUCUGUUGGUGGGAAACGGACCCACAUGUUGGCUCCAGGCUUCCUUCAUUCUGGCAGCUGUGGGGACAGAGAAGAUGAGGGCUCCAUCAAGCUGAACGAAAAUGACACAGAGCAGCUUGAACCGUGGCUGCUGCGGGAGAUGGACUCCUGCAUUUCCAGCAUUUUCCUGCAUGAAGACCAGAAGGCUUUCAGUCAGCUCUUCAACCUCAUUCUUCAUGAAAAUGUCCCUGUGGACGUCAUGCACAGUGAGACCGGCUCCACGGCUCUGAUGGUGUCAGCAGCGCGGGGAUUCCUUCCACAAAUGCAGCAGCUGCUCAGUAUGGGUGCUGAUAUCAACAUGAAGGCAUCUAACGGAUGGACUGCUUUAGACUUUGCUAAACACUUCCAGCAGACAGAAGCAAUGGAUAUCCUCAAGUCUUCAAUACCUUUGGGGGAAGUGAGCAGCCUGGAGGAAUCAGCGUUGGUACAGUGCAGUCCUACAGAGCUGAGCAGUGAAGAACAAGAGCUCCUCAAACAGUACCACUACAGCUUUGAUGACCAGCGGGUGGACCUGGAUCUCAUCAUGACGUUGCUCCACAACAUCUGCACCACCACUAAUGAGGGUGCUGUCCUCGUAUUUCUUCCUGGAUAUGAUGAAAUUGUGUCAUUGAAGGAUCGCAUCCUCAUUGAUGAUAAGAGGUUCUCCACUCACCCUGAGAGUUACCAGGUUUUCACUCUGCAUUCUGACAUGCAGACUCUGGAUCAGAAAAGAGCCAUGAAGCCAGCUCCAUCUGGUGUCCGGAAGAUAAUUCUCUCUACUAACAUUGCUGAAACAAGCAUUACUAUUGAUGAUGUGGUCUUCGUUAUUGAUUCAGGAAAGAUCAAAGAGAAGUCCUUUGAUACACUGAGUCGGGUUUCUAUGUUAAAGACGGUUUGGAUCUCAAAAGCCAGUGUUUUGCAAAGAAAAGGAAGAGCUGGCCGCUGUAGACCUGGGGUUUGCUUCCAUCUCUUCAGUCGUCUCAGAUUCAACAAUAUGCAAGAGUUUCAGGUUCCACAGCUGCUGCGGAUGCCACUACAGGAAUUGUGUCUACAGACCAAGCUGUUGGCUCCUUCAUCCUGCCCCGUUGCUGAAUUCUUAUCUAAAGCUCCACAGCCACCUCCCACACAUGCAAUCCAGAGUGCUGUCCAGAUGCUAAAAACAAUAGAUGCUCUGGACCAGAAUGAAGACUUAACCGACCUGGGCUUCCACCUGGCUGAUCUACCUGUGGAGCCCCACCUGGGCAAAAUGGUGUUGUGCGCUGUUGUGCUCAAGUGUCUGGACCCCAUUCUCACCAUUGCCUGUACUCUGGCCUAUCGUGACCCUUUUACCCUCCCUGCUGAAAGCUCCCAGAAAAGAGCUGCUCUGCAGAGCCGCAAACGUUUCACGUCCAACACCUUCAGUGACCACAUGGCCCUGCUCAGAGCUUUCCAGGCAUGGCAGAAAGCUCGCAGUGAAGGCUGGGAGAGAUCCUUCUGUGAAAGGAACUUCCUGUCCCAGUCUACCAUGGACAUGAUUCUUGGCAUGAGGACACAACUGUUAGGACAACUUCGUGCUAUUGGUUUUGUGCGCGCCCGUGGGGGCAGCGACAUCCGUGAUGUUAAUCUAAACUCUGAAAACUGGGCUGUCGUGAAAGCAGCCCUGGUGGCUGGAAUGUAUCCAAACAUGGUUCAUGUCAACAAGAAGACCUCUUUGCUCUCCAGUAACAGAGAGAAGAAGGUUCAUUUCCAUCCUACAUCAGUCCUGAGCCAGCUGCAGUUGAAGGAGAACAGCUCCAAAUCAGGUCAGACCCUCCCCACAGACUGGUUGAUCUAUGAUGAGAUGAGCAGAGGUCACAGGAUGGCCAGUGUCCGCUGUUGCUCCGUGGUGACCUCCAUCACAGUGGCCAUGUUUGGAGGUGGUACCAAACUUCUCAGCUCCACACUCCAUGAAAGUGCUGUGCAAAAAAGAAAUGAAAAUCCUCUGGAUGACAUGAGUGACAGUGACACAGAAGAAUUAGUGGAGAUAAAGAUUGACGACUGGCUUGUCUUUGGGCUCGAGAGAGAGACUGCAGCACUGGUGUCUGAACUCAGACAGAAGUGGCAGAACUUGUUUAUAAAGAGGAUCCGCUGUCCUUCCAAACCCUGGUCUCAGCAGGACGAGGCAGUCAUCCAGACCUUAGUGUCUGUGCUGGGUGCUGAGGAGCAGGAAGCCGGCCUGCAGCAGCCUACAGGGAUUGGUCAGAGGCCUAGGCCUAUGACAUCAGAGGAUGGGCCGAGGUCAACAGGGAGAAACUCCAAGGCCAGCCCCCAGCUGCCCUCUCAUAACACAAAUGACAAGCCUCGUCGAAUGCUGUCUUCUGACCUGCUGAAGACUAACUCCCACAGCAGAGAUGAAGUCUCACUGGCCAUCAAGAAGCUGUGGGAUUAUCCGUCUUCCUCCAGUAGUUCUUCCUGCUCUGUAACUCUGGAUGGGCCUCCCGAGUCUCCCUCAGGAAAGCUGGUCUUAAAGUCUGUGUCUCAGAAGCCUACUGUGUCAUCAGUCCGAUACUUCAUUAUGAAGAGCAACAGCAUCAGAAACAUAGAGAUUUCUCAGCAGAAAGGCAUCUGGUCUACUACACCAAGCAACGAGACCAAACUCACCCAAGCUUUCCUGGCAAAUAGCUUCAUAAUUCUCAUCUUCUCUGUCCAGGGAUCUGGACACUUCCAGGGUUACGCUCGCAUGACAUCUGUCGUUAGCCAGGAGAGCUGCCAGGACUGGGGCUUCAUGGGCCUCGGAGGAGUUUUCAGUGUAGAGUGGAUCCAUAAAGAGAGUCUUCCUUUCCCCUUCACUCAGCACAUCCUCAACCCAUGGAAUGACAACAAGAGAGUUCAAGUCAGCAGGGAUGGACAGGAGUUGGAGCCCCAGGCUGGCAGCCACUUGCUUUCUCUGUGGGAGAGGAAUUCUGGGAAUCAGCUUCAUUAAUGUUGGACUCCUCAUUAACUUAACAGGUAUUCUAACUCUGUGACUGGCUAGGAACCCCCAAACUUACUGACCAUGGAAGAAAAUAUGUUUACUGGGCACUCAGGGCACCAAUGUUGCACAUGUGCCAUGUUUUGUUUGUAUUCCACCUGAAGUGCCCUCCACCACCAGUUCAGACCUGAUAACCAGAGAAAUGUCUCCUCUGUGCUGCUCUCAGUUCAGACUUUAGUUUUCACCUCUUCAUUAAUUUCUCAUUCUGUUAAAUGUGUUUUUGAAAUGGGAUUUGUUGUAUAAGGUUUCCAUACAAUAAGUUUACAAUAAAAGGAUGUAGCUCUGUAGAUGUAAACAGGAUUCAUGGUCAUCUGACAGCAAUCUUAUUCUUGCUGUUGUUUUUCAAUGUUAUGCUUUAUUCUAAUUGGUGUAAUUGCCCUGUUUUUAUCCAACUGACUUGUUUCUAUUUAAAGCACAUUACUUAUUUUUAUGAGAAUACUCAAAGUCUGCUUUAUUUGUUCAUUAAAGAUAUGUUUAAAUGCAUUAUUGUAAUUAUGACU